UACAUUUAAGAUCUUUAACCGACAUCCCUCUGCAAAAGAACCCCUUACGUGUGAAACUUGUCUCUGAACAACAAUUCUGGCUUCGCUUUGGGAUCGCAAACUAGAAAAAAAAUAUUCUAAACUCCGAUAUUACUGCAGCCACCGGACUUCCGUGUUUUUGUAGAGAGACGUCAUUGUGGCUACCUUCAACGUUUAGGUGAUCACACCGGGCAGAAACACGGAGGAGGAGGAGGUUUGUUCCUGCUUCUGAUCGCCCAUAACACAAUAGGUCGUCCGGCACCAUGAGUCAGCGGACGGAGCGGCGGGGGAUACAUGUGGACCAAUCGGAUCUGCUUUGCAAAAAGGGAUGCGGUUACUAUGGCAAUGCAGCAUGGCAGGGUCUGUGCUCCAAGUGCUGGAGGGAGGAAUACCAGCGGGUACGGCAGAAGCAGAUCCAGGACGACUGGGCCUUGGCAGAAAAACUACAGCGAGAGGAGGAGGCAGCGUAUGCCAGCAGUCACGGAGUGCAGACCCAGUCCCACUCUCAGGCCUCGACACCUCAACAGCAGCCAGGACACGCCUCCCUGGGCCCAUUCUCCAAGUUUGAAGAGAAGAAGACCAACGAGAAGACGAGGAAAGUGACCACCGUUAAGAAGUUCUUCAGCCCUUCAUCACGCACUGCUUCCAAGAAAGAAGCCCAGGAGGGCAGGACGCCCAGCCCGUCCAUCAGCCGCCACGCCAGCUUCGAGUCAGACCAAGUUUCCAAAGACUUUGUGGACUUCUUGAAAAACCUGCAGAAGCCCGGCCGGGACAUCCACAAGCAAUGCAGAGCCUUCAUUGUGACCAUGUCAGGCAAGAAGGAGCUGAGUGCUGAAGAGCUGUCGGAGUGCGUUCAGGAUUUCUACCAGAACAUGGCCGACCGCUUGAUGAGCCACUUUAAAGGCUCUUCGGAGAGUGUGGAGCAGGUGAUGGACCAAGUGGAAAAGUACAUCAUGACUCGUCUGUAUAAGAGCGUUUUCUGCCCAGAAACCACUGAUGAUGAGAAGAAGGACUUGGCCACACAGAACAGGAUAAGAGCUCUUCACUGGGUGACCAUCCAGAUGCUCUGCGUGUCCAUGGAUGAAGAAAUCCCUGAAGUCUCUGAGAACGUGGUCAAAGCAAUAACAGAUGUCAUUGAGAUGGACUCCAAGAGGGUUCCUCGGGACAAACUCGCCUGCAUCACACGCUGCAGUAAACACAUCUUCAGCGCGAUUAGGAUCACCAAGAAUGAGCCGGCCUCCGCUGACGACUUCCUCCCCGCGCUCAUUUACAUCGUGCUCAAGGCGAACCCGCCGCGGAUUCAGUCCAACAUCCAGUACAUCACCCGAUUCUGUAACCCGAGCAGGCUGAUGACCGGCGAGGAUGGGUACUACUUCACCAACCUGUGCUGUGCGGUGGCCUUCAUCGAGAAGCUGGACGCUCAGUCUCUCAAUCUUUCCACGGAGGAGUUUGAGCGCUACAUGUCAGGCCAGGCUUCCCCUCGUUACAGCAGCUCUGAGGGCGACUGGCCCAGCUCCGGUUCAGGACCGGCGACCGCCACCAACCCCGUCUUGGCUCAGCUCAACCACAACCUGGAGCUGCUGUCGGGCCUCAGCGACCGGCAGGAGACGCUGAUGGAGGCAGCUCAGAGCCUCCAGGCCGACCUGCUCUCCUGGCCCGAGACUGUGCAGCGGGAGGUGCACAACAUCCUGGAGAAGUAUCCUCUGGAGAUCGUGCCCUGCACCGUUUCUGCCAUUGAUGCCAACAACAUGGACAACGAGAACCUGCCGCCGCCACUCACACCCCAAGUGUUCGCCGGGUAGUGGAGUCAGUAGAAGAAGAAACACAUUUCACAUAAAGCAAAGACACUCCUACCUACAAAGGUCAGCUCAUCGCUUGUGUGUCGAGUUUAACAAAUAAACUGCACAAUUCUCCUGAGUAGUGUCGAGCUUCUGCACCUUAAAGACCUGCUCACACCAACAUUUUAAUAAGAUGUUCAAGUUUCACUAUGAUGCCACUUUAAUCAGUGCAUUUGUUUAAAAAAGUCCAAAAUGGAAGACACUAUCGUAGUUUACACACCUUUAAUUUUUACCUGUCGUGUGUUUGAGCAUAAACUCACACACGAUCAAAAUGAUUUAGAUGGCUACGAGACAGCAGAGAUAAUAAUAGUACAAAUACAUAAUAAUAUGCAACCUGUAACUGACAUUUAGCAAACUAACACAAAUUACUUUCCUCUCUUAAAUAACUCUUAUUCAGUUAAAUAAUUUGAAGCUUUGAAAGCUGAUAUAAGUAAUGCUAGCAAGUUAGCUGGCCAGCUAGUAGUUUGCUAAUUAGCGCACAAAGGGUCUAACUGUAAUAAAAUAGCUGAAUAUUGUUGUCUGUUAUAUGUGAAAGAAAUACUGUUUCCUGUGCUAUUCAAAUACUAAAUAGAAUCAUAUUUCUUUCUUGAUAAAUACAACCAUAUUGACAAUAUGUGUAGCGCAGAUGAUAUUGUUAUUAUUGUAUUGAUAUAAUUAUUAUUAUUUUUAUUAUAACUAGUGCAGAUGAUGCUAGGUGUUGGAGAAGCUAACGUUUAUUAGCUCCCAUAAAACCAUGUUGAACAGAUGAUAAUAUAUGACGUAGCCUCUAAUGCGUCUAAACUCUGCUUUCAUAAAAAUUAAAACAUAUUUUCCAGUAUUUUUUUUAAAACUUGCAAGUAGUUAACUUUGUUGACACAAAGUCACCAAAUGCAAGCAGCUGACUAGCAUUUAAUGCUAGUUUUAGUUUGGAUUUUUACUUUGAUUGCUAAUGUUAAAAAUGCUGAUUUGAGAAACGAUAGACAAAGAUAAAAUACAUUUUCUCAGUUCUCAUCUUACUACAUUUCACUCUUUGUAGACAUUUUGCAUUAUUAUUUUUUUAACUCAGUUUUGACACAGGUUAUGUAAUCUCACAGAAAGCAGUUAGAUUAGUCAACUAGUUAACAGUCGGUGUGAGCGAGCCUUUAUGGUUUUCAGAUCUUUGCAGGUACCUCACAAGUCUGAUACUGAAUUAUGAUGGUUUGUGUUUUUGUCUGAGGCCAGUUUGACUUAAUAAAUAAUGCUAGCAACAUAAUCGCACCUUUAUUGUGAAGCUAAAUCCGACUUUAACCAACAGAACCACUUCGAUCACAUCGUCUUGUCAUUGUCAAACAUCAAAUUAACUUGAAAAGACACUUUAUUUUUUGAUGUUUUUUGUGUUUCAGCAUUGUACUGUGUUUUUAGAAUUUACUGUAUUUUGACAGGCUUUCUGCACACUGACCUCCAUAAUAAAUCAGUGUACAUAUAGGCACAGUAUGUGAAAAAAUACUGAAUAAUGUGUUUUUAAUCUUGAUUUAUUUUGUGAUUUUGUGAUGUACUGUAUUAUGUACUGUAUUUGUAAUGUUAAAACGGGCUGGUGUCGCUUGUUUACACUGCUGCUGGUUUUACUUUUGUGUUGUUUCUUUGGGUCUUUCCGGUAUUGUCAAAUUCAAUGACAUUUCGUUUAUUUCAACAAGAGCGACUUCACAUAUAAAAGACGUUUGAUGAAUGUAAAGUGCUGUUUUAACACAACUGCAAACAGAAGCAGGCCUACGUUUGUCAUGUAUCAUGUGUAACUAGCUAACUGAUGCUAGCUAGCUAAAAUUGACUUUUUUUUUUUCAUUUUACCAAUUCAAAGUGAAGGAACCACAUUAAAGAAAAUAGUUGUUUAUAUUCAGUAUUUUACUUCCUGAGAGCAAAACUGACAAUUUAUUGAUCCUUUUUUGAACAUUUUUGUCCUACUAUAUUUUGUUACUUUUUACCUCAGAGCUCUUUAAUUAGCACCUAAUGUGGAUUAAUCAAUUUCAGUGUUUAUUCCUGUUUGAGUCACAUUUGCCAAAAAUUGCAGUGUUCAGCUGUUUUAGGAAAAUGUUUUACUGCUUUUAAAAAUUAAUUUACACAUUUGUUUAGGAUUUAUGUCUUCAGAAACAGCCGGCUUCAAGUAUGUCAAGAAAAAUACUGAACAACUUCCAUAAUGUCCUCUUAAAUGUGAUAUAAGAAACUAGACACACUAAACGAUAAACUAGAAUUACAAAACUAAUUUCAAGUGAUUUAAGUGUUUAAUAAGAAAGAGGCCCACAAAAGUGGGCCUUCUGAUGUUAUAUUAGUUGAAAAACAUUUUUAAAAAAUUGAAUAAAACCAAUUAGAGGUUGCUGUGGUGUAUGAUGCUAACUGAUGUAAAAGUAUGUAAAUAAUAAUUGUAUUUUUCAUUUGAGUGAAAUAAAAGCACUAAUAUCAAAUAUA